GAGAAUGAAAACGAGCAACAAAUGUCCCGUCAACUUGCCAAUAUUUUUAUCAAAUUAAGUGAAGUUUUCGACGGAAUUUAGUGCCAAAAAUAUAGUUCUUCUACUCGAAGUGAUCAGAACCAACAAAAAAAGUUCAAGUUCACUAUCCAGUGAACGAUGAGGAUGGUGAAGAAGCAUUUUUCCAGUUCGCUACAGACAUUCAUGUCCAUCGUCAGUGUAGAAAAUUGGGUGAUGUUUCAAAUACAAGAAGAAGAGGAAUUCCAAUAUACACAAAUCAACGCGAAUGGAAAGUGUCAGCAGCUGAAACCGUGGUAGAUGUGAAUAGCGGAAGCAGGGAAAGCCACACAAAGAGUUCCGUCAAAAGUCCCGAUUGAAAUUAAUACAAGGAUCCUGUAAUAAGAAGAAACGUGAAAUUGUUUCGUAUAAACAGGAAAUUAUGGUCGGAUAAAACACAAAUUGUUCUUAAACAUAGGUAGUAAGAUAUAUCACAUCAAAUCGUUGACAAUGAUUUCCAAUCGACGAGAGCAGUAUUAUAGUGGGCUACUGGCGAUAGCAGCAGCAUUUUUUAUUAGUAGCUGUCGGCAAGCUUUUGCAUCUAAUCAUAUCUUUGUAAAUAACAUAGUUCCUUUGAUAAGUAAUGUAAGUGGUAGUGCGAUAAGUUAUGAAAAUAGCAGUAGCAAAGUGCCUUCGUCGUUAUCGACAUCAAGCGUGCCCGGGUCAGUGUUUUCGAUACCGCCUCAAAUAGCAUUGCAAUUUUUGGGCAAUGAAAAGGAUUACAGUGUGCAUGAACUAACCAAGCUCCUGGAAGUUAAACUUAAGCGGAUACGAAACCAGGAGUUGGAUGUUCCGGUUGUGCAGGAAUUGUACGACACAAUGGAAUUUACCUCGAUUAUCCGCAACGACGUUGAUGAGUUGGAAAACAUUGCCAAAAAAUUAACAGCCAAGUUUGAACGGUCUGCAGCCGCAAUCGAUCGACUACGAAUAUACAUCAAUGAUUCUAUAAACCGUCAAAGUGCCAAGUACAAUACCCUCAUCAGUCCUUGCCCGUAUACUGAACUGAUGAAUCCGUGGGACGAUGAACCGCAAUUUGAUCUGCAGAACUUUAUUCAGAAUACUAAGCUUCUGAAUUCUUCAACAACGUUAAGACAGUUUACCGGAGAAUCGGGAUUCUUGGAUUUUUCUGCUUUUCCAACCAGUCCAGAAGAUCGCCCACGGAUUCGUAUUAGCGAUCAAUCGGUGGAUGAUAACAAUCAAAACUUGCAGAAACGAUUUCAAGAUCAGAUUUCAAAUUUGAACAGCAAUUUCUAUAAUCUGAAACAGCUUUUCUACUUAUCGGUUUUUGAUCAGGCUAGUGCGUUCAAAUGUCAUUACUAUCCGAGAGAUGGGCGCCUGAAAUCUCUGUACUUAUCCUCCGUGAGGAACAAACACUUUAUGAUUCUGAUCGAUACUGGAAAUUCAGUGAGUUUCGAUCAGCUAGAAGUGGCAAAAGCCGUAGUGAAAUUUACGAUAUAUCUGCUGAACGAAAACGAUAGAAUUGCUAUUGUAGCAAUAAAUCAAAAUCUUACGACAACGGAAAGCUUUCUAGAAUGUACCAGUGGACCUUUCGUGAAUGUCACGAUGGACAACAGAGAACGAUUGUUGGAAUUCGUAGAUUCACUUAACAAAACGGCAUCAGCGGCGGUGCACGUCAAAGCAUUUCGCUACGCAUUCAAAUCGAUCUCGGAAAUCUAUCGGGGGAUUACUACUGAACUUCCGGUAGUUUUCCUAUACCUGGGAAGAGCUCAACUUUCGCCGAUCACGGCAGCUGCCCGAGCAGUCAUUCAAACGAUAGCCGAAGGCCAGUCCAGACUUCCGGUUCCUGUGAUAAUCAACACCUGUCUAAUUCUGUUGGAUGAAAGAGAGAUUACCUACGAGAAGCAGUUCAUCACAGAUGUAACGACACAGAACUUUAUAAAAUAUAAUCUUAGUGGGCAUUUUCUUAAAACACGCCCCGGCAAAAUGGUUAUGAUAUCCAAGCAUAGUUUCGACGCUCAACGAUUUGUGAUGGCUUUGGUGGAGCCUUUUCUAAAAGAUUUGACACUAACGGAGGAUCGAAUUAGGGUGCACUUGCCGUAUCACGAAGGGCAAACGCAUGAUACAGUGGUUACAAUGUCGGUACCAGUCGGAACGCAUGGUCUCAUGGGAAUCGAUCUUUUCUUGAGUGACUUGGCAGAAGAUGUCUCAUAUUACAAACGGGAUGACGGCAGUUACGCGUUUCUAGUAGAUUUACGUGGAAAUACCAUUAUGCAUCCUUCGUUUCCCAGGCCGCUGGCGGCACGGGAAAGUUUUUUCAUCACAAACAUAACGCGAUUGGAACAUGGCCUUACUGAGAAGGAUGUUAGAAAAAUGCUUACGGAAGAAAAGGGAAACCUAUCAAUCGCUGCGACACGUCCAACUGAAAAAGGCAAAAUUUAUUUAUGGAAACGAGCUCGUUUCUACAUCGUUUGUAUAGUACGUGUUUUACAUGACCGUAAUCCAAGCAUUCUGUUCAACGGAGCCAAUUCUAGAAACAGUCAAAUACAACAACAGCUCCAAUAUUACCAUUCUCGAUCGAGCAUGGACUACAGUUUCAUCAGUAGCAAUGGCAUCACCAACCAGAAUUUGCUGCAAGAUUUAAUUUAUCAUCGAAUCGAUAUCUACCCGCCACAUCGGCAACGACCCACUAUCACGAAUGCGGGUUUGAACUCACCACCAAGCGAUCCUGGAGCUACCAAUUCGGAUUCGCCACGAGUUUGUCGACUGAUGAAACAACUUGCUUUGGCCGACGAUUCCACGCUGUAUCUUAGUUCAUCUUCAUUUCAAUCGCCAUACACUCAUAUCCGCAAUAAUCGCGACGGUGCUAACGAAGUUGACACAUUGCAGACGAUUCAGAACAUCAUGACUUACCUGAAGGAUACCGAUUCACUAUUCGCUAACCCUGGCCUACUGGAAGAUGUCCGCAGCGAUGUGCUUGCAUUGCUGAAAGUUAUAUCAAACUAUCGGCGUAAGCACAGUGAAAGUAAACUUAGCAAAUAUAUUAUCCGUCGCUACGCGGCAACUGCCAACGGUGUUCUGCAGGUGUAUCCCGGUGGUCUGCUGGACACCGACAUUGAACCUUCCAAACGUCCUUGGUUCGUAAAGGCCAUGGAGUAUCCGGGGAAGGUUGUCGUUACCAAACCGUAUCUCGAUGCGGGUGGAGCCGGCUAUAUCGUAAGCGUUUCGUAUACAAUUUUCGAAGGAAUUGCCGAUGCAUUACACAACACCGAAAACGACAAACCGAUCGUAGUUGUGUCCUUGGAUUUCAAUCAAGGAUUUUUCUACAAACUGCUAACGGAGUCGUCUAGUAUUUGCAAUGCGGAGAAUAUUAAGUGUUUCCUGAUGGAUGACCGUGGCUAUCUGAUUGCUCAUCCCAAGCUAAUCGAACCGGCCAUCAACAACAACCGAAGAACGCUGGAACAUAUCACACACAAAGAGUCACAGGUCGCCAACGAUAUCCUAAAUCACAAACAGUUGGUGACGAAAAAGAUGUGCUACAACUAUGUCAACCGGACGAUUCAACGAUUGUAUCAGUUCAACAUGUCGCUCACGGAUGUCAUCACUAAUCUGAUGUACGGUGAGAAAACCAAGUACCAGAUAAUGCUGAUUCCGGGUACAAACGUGUUCAUCGGAAUGGUGAACUCCACCAACGAUGGUGGGGCGUUCUGUCCGUGCAGUACGGUCGGAAAUUCUUGCUUAAAUUGCAACCGAAUGGAGCAAACUGAAUGUGAGUGUCCUUGCGAGUGUCCGUUAGACUAUUAUGACGAACCGAGUGAAUCAUCGUGUCGCAUGGACACACUGAAGACUGGAGGAAGUCGCAAGCCACUUCCGGACACUAUCCCGCUGUGCUCGCCAUUGCCAGAGGAAUUGAUAUCGAUGAAUGCUCUUAACUACGAGAGCGAAAUAGACCUCAAAAGCUGUAUCAAUAUCAACUGUGAGGACUUUACAACGCAGAGUGAAUGUUUAGGACUCGUUGGGUGCGAAUGGUGCCAGGUUGACAUCGAUGGUGAAAACACAUUAACCACUCCGUUCUGUACAUCCCAGUUGACUUGUUUCAAUGGGGUGUUUGGAUCAGCUACCCCAUACGGAGAUGCCAUGAGCAACAACAUAAUGGAAUCGGUUCUACCACCAGCCUACAAUGCGAUUGGACCGGUAGCAGGAGCGAUUCUGGCACUUUGCCUGGUGGUUGGUUUUGCUAUGUACUGCUAUCGUCAGAAUAGCGAUCAAAGCGGUGCGUCUGAUCAAUUGUAUGAUGAUCUAGUGGCCGAUCCCUGCAACGGGUUGCCAUUGUCUCGGUUUGACAUCGAAGAUCACAAUCCACCCGAUGACUGUGACAUAAGCCGUACAAGUGCCAAACAAAAUUUACUGCUGAAUGGGCAGAAUAAUGCCAACUAUGUGAUCUUUCCGAAUGUCACUUCUCCGUAUCAAAUGUCUUCCAAUUAUCGACGACCAAAUGCCGGCUCUUCCGAUCAUGGGUAUUCGACUAUGACACAUCACGAAGAAUCCGAACAUCUGUGCUUGUCGAAUGCUGAGCCGGUGGCUCCUAAUUCCACCGGCAAGCGACUGUCGAUGUCCGACUCAGCUUCUAUCAACACGUCCGUUUCGAGUCCGUACAGCAAUCACCAGAACUUUCCACCAGUGGCAUCCAAAGCUCAACCGUACCAACAGGUGCCAGCGGAUGGAUUGGACCAGCAGCAACAGAAAUUUAUUGACCCUUCACAAACGGUUCUGCCAUCUCCAACGUCCGUUUCUCGGACCGGCAUCUACGGAGCAGGGCAUCACAUUCUCGUCCCAGUUACCGUCCACCGGAAUAUGGACGUUUCCUAACGAACAGUGCUAGGUUACUUGUAAAUUAUGUGUUAACUGUAGGAAACAACAUAACUAGUGGCAUUUGUGCUCGGUGUAACAUGUUUUAACAGAAGUACCGCGGUAAGCUUGUAUCAUCCGAUAUUUCCUAGGCGUAGAUGUAAGAUAUAAACAUAAAAAAACUCCAAUGUUUCCGCAAUUAAUGUACCUUAAAUAUAUUGAACGUGAACCCGCAUGGCAGGGAUUAAACAAGAGAGAUUUCCCGGUACGAACAUUUCAACGUAAGCAUCUCAUAAGGUACCAAAAGCAAAUGACAGUUUCUCGUUGUUCGCUUUCUCUUAUAUUAGCAACUCAUUAAUUUUAACGCGUAAUUCCCUACUGCUGAUGUAGAAUAACUCCCGAAAUUUCCUUUUU